GAAUUUCUGAAUUUUAAACAAUUAAAGACAUCUUUGAAAGAAGCUAUUUUGUUAGAUUAUUAUACUGCAGGAUUUUGGUGGGCUAAAGAAAUGGACUUCAGUCUUAUACAGCUCUCAGGAUUCAUGGAUCUAUUAAAUUUCCUGUUGGAGAACCUCAGUGACAAACGUAUGACCUUAGGAGACAAUUUAAAAGAACUUGGAAGAGCAAUGGCUGGAAUAGGAGAAACUGAUUCAGAAAGAAGGGGUGACUUGAAUUUCUUCAACAUUGAGCAAGCCAAAGCAGUCAUCGAUUACUUGAAUAUCAGCUUAUUUAAACACUAUAAACUAUAUGAAUACCUCUUCCAGAGCCCUAGAGAAGAACUUGUGAUAAGUAAUGAGUAUGUGAUUGAACUUGCCCAACCUGCAGUUUCCCUCUUCCCUGCUCUGCUGGAAGAACACGUGCCUUCGGAUACCUAUUCGUCAUUCAUAAUAUCACCAACAGCUGCAGAGACAGAAUCUAAGGGGUCUGAUCAAGAGGGUCACCUGAAAGAGCCCUGUCCAGAGGCAGAUGCUGUGAAGUCUGCAGUGGGUGAAUUCCCAAAUGAAAUUAUUGGCAACCUUGAGGCAGAGAUAAAUGAAAAGCUGCAAAUGCAAGAAGAAGCUUAUACUUUGAGAACGGAAAAAUUCAAAAGUCCUAAAUAG